CUUCAACCAACCGUUGGUUUGGGGGUUAUGGUUAUAUUGUUAACCCUUCAAUAAAAUUAAAUAAUUACAAAAUUUAUCCGAAAUUUGGGAUUGGCGUGAGUGUAGCAGAUGAGAAAAGGCUUUGGUAUGUAUGAAGCAUGAAGUAGUAGCAGGAGAAGAAGAACAUUGAAUGGUGUGGGUUCCAAAAUAGAACCUUUGAUCCUUUGAGAGAAGCAGAAGAAUGCUGAAAGCUAUUCAGAUACGUGGGUGUGUUACCCUCCGUUGUUGGAGCCUCAAACAAUCCCUUUCCUUCAUUUCUAUUUCAUCUUCUUUCAAUUCCAAACCCUUUUCCUCAUUCUCCCCAAUCCCAUACCCUUCCAUCGAUUCUUCCACGCCCCGACCUCGCAGGCUUCGAUUCACUCCCUUUCACGCUUCAUCAUCACCACCACCCCCACCACUACUUCAUUCUGCUGGUGUUCGAAACAUCAAGUUCUGUCAGUGGUGUGGUGGUCCAACAAAGCAUGAUAUACCUGAUGGAGAAGAAAAAUUGAGAGCCAUUUGUACACUUUGUGGGAAGAUUGCUUAUCAGAAUCCAAAAAUGGUAGUCGGUUGCCUCAUCGAUCAUGAUAACAAGGUCCUUCUUUGCAAGAGGAAUAUUCAACCAUCUCAUGGCCUUUGGACGCUUCCUGCUGGUUAUUUGGAAAUUGGAGAAUCAGCUGUGGAAGGUGCUAUAAGGGAAACGAGGGAAGAAGCAAACGCUGAUGUGGAAGUUAUUUCUCCGUUUGCUCAAUUGGAUAUUCCUUUAAUCGGUCAAACUUAUAUGAUAUUCUUAGCAAAACUGAAGACACCCCACUUUUCACCGGGUCCAGAAUCAUCAGAAUGCCAACUAUUUCCGGUUGAUGAAAUACCUAUCAAUUCUCUAUCCUUUUCAUCAAUGGUGGUUACCUUAAGUUUGUAUGUUGAGGAUGUUAAGGCUGGAAAACCUAAAUUCCAUUAUGGCAUCAUCAACAAAAGGCCCGGUACGAGUCCUUCAGAUAUUCAUGCCUAUACAUUGGAUCAUCAUAUGCACUUGUGAGAAGUACAUUCUGGAUAUCUGAAGAUUGCAAGUUGAAAAAUCUGGUGUUCUUUGUCUCUUGCAGUGGCCCAAUACUUUUGUUUUUGUUAUGUCAGACAGAACAGAAAUUACCCGAAUUACUCUCUUAACCCCACCAUUGUUAUGAUGAGCAGCUGUUUCAACGUAAGGAAGAAAUGUUGCAGUUCAUGAUCACUCUUAACUUCGUCAAGGGAUGUUCUCAAAAUGUGUAGUUGCAAUCAUGCUCACCCUUAACUAGUACUUUAGAACAAAGAUUGACAACUAUUGUACCUCUAUUGGAAUUGUAAACACACAUGUUGAUUUAGAUAAAUCAAAUUCUUUUCGAAGAA